CAACACUCCGAACAAGCAUCCACACUAACAUCAACAAAGUUUUCCAAUUAGAGUCGAAUUUUUUUUGUUUUCUUUUUGCAUCCUGCUUACUCUUCUCUCUCUGGAUGCCAUGGCCAGCUCACCGCUGCAGCUGCUCGGCUUCAUCCUGGCAUUGAUUGGAGCGUUGUCCACAGUGACCGCCACCAUCAUGGUGGAGUGGAAGAUGCACGGCCAUUCGCAUCGCAUCUACGAAGGCCUGUGGAUGACCUGCAGUGUCGGUCACAGGACCACUUGUGAAUUUCACAACUCUCUCAUCAAAUUGUCAGAUCAGGUCCAGAUAACGAGGGGAAUUCUGCUGUUGAGUCUCUUCCUGUCAGCCGUGGGGUUGAUGGUCUCCACUAUCGGAAUGAAGUGCACCCGCUUUAUGGAAGGCAGGGCCAACGCCAAAGGCGCAGUGGCUCGGAUUGGAGGAAUUAUGUUAAUGGCAGCAGGAUUAAUGACGUUCAUCAUAACGACCCUGUAUGUCAAGAAGGUCGUAGCCGACUUCCAUCAUGCUCAUCACCUCCACAGCUUCGAAUUCGGUAAUGCCGUGUUUGUGAGUUGGGCCGGUGGCUUCCUCACGACAUUCGGCGGAGCGUUCCUGACCUGUCAGAGGUGCUCGAGGUCAUCGUCAUCCAGGUCUAUAAAUUCCAACGCCAUGCUGCAAAGCAACAAGUCCAACAGCAACUAUGUUUAGUCACCAGGGAGUAUCCACAAUAAUGGGCGUUGUCGACUGAUAAAUUGCUGUAAGCUUACGUUGUCCUCAAACGACUCGUACCGACUUUGCACUAGCGUUGUGCAAAGUAGAACCUCCAAAGUUGAACAAGCUUUCAAAUUUUUUUCAAAUUUCAUCAUGUGGCAGUUCAGAAACUUCAGACAUAAAGUGGAGCAAUAACAAUGGGGAGUAGUUUUACUUUUAGUAUUAUAAUUAUAGUGCUUAAUGUCUGAUCACAAUCACACAACAGAUUACGUUCAAAUUUGGAGGUUCUGCUGAUUCUCAUGAAUAGUUAAAUGUACUCGCUUGUAGAAUUCUCUUUUGUAUAUCUUGUUUUUAUAGUACUAUAGUCAAGUUUGUGUACAGUAUUUUAUAAGAAAAAUAAAAUGUGUGUUUAUCUUUAGUUUGAGUUUACUUACAGUGGAGUGUAAUUUAUUGGCAAAGGGAGUGGUGGUUUCCGGAUAAGAUGUCCCUGCACUUCUGGGGAUAGAACGGAGCAAUUAGCAUGGGACAAAACACAAUCAGAUUGGAGAGGGUGAUUAGACCAUGCUAGGGGGAAAUGAAAUGUUCUCCUCUGCGGAAAUUCAACACUAAUCUCUCAUUCCUUCCUGCUUUGAAAUGAAAUGAAAAUACGUACUGUAUAAAAUUGCCAGCUUGCUUGUUGUUUAUAUAUAUUUUUUUACUUGUGGAUAUUUUAUGUAUGCAAAGAAUUUGUUUUGGACAAUAUUAAGUAACUUAGUAUAGAAUUGUAGUUUGAAUACUUAAUGAUAACAAAGGCAUAAGACUUACAUAAGAGUGUUUUAUAGAAAUGUCUGCAAUCAAGAAGCACUCUGUAAUUACCUGAAAAGUAUCUGAAAUUAAUUAAAUUAAUUACCUGAAAGUA